GAGACAAUUAUUUCUGAUAAUGCCAAAAACUUGAACAACAAAAUGAUGAAUGAAGUAUGCACUCAGUUCAAGAUCCGCCAUCGUAAUUCGACACCAUAUCGUCCAAAAAUGAAUGGGGCAGUGGAGGCUGCGAAUAAGAAUAUCAAGAGAAUCCUGGAGAAAAUGACUGAAACUUACAAAGAUUGGCAUGAGAAGUUAUCUUUUGCCUUGCAUGCUUAUAGAACAUCAGUCAGAACGUCUACUGGAGCCACACCGUUCUCUUUGGUAUAUGGUAUGGAAGCUGUGCUACCAGUCGAAGUGGAAAUUCCCUCACUGAGAGUCCUGAUGGAAGUGGAGUUAGAGGAAGCAGAAUGGGUCCGAAAUCGCUACGAGCAGUUAAACCUUAUCGAAGAGAAAAGACUGUCAGCACUUUGUCAUGGUCAAUUAUAUCAAAAGAGGAUGAUGAGAGCACAUGACAAGAAAACUCGAAAGAAUUUAAGUUGUGGAGCCUCUGUUGAGAGAGCUUUUUCAGAAUGGAAUUUUAAAGUUGUGGAGCCUCUGUUGAGAGGAGCGUUUUUCAAGAAAGAACUUUAA